AUGUCGUCACCAGCCCCGGCGCCGAAGGCGAAGGCGGGGCUGAGCGCGGCUCGGAAGAAGCAACUCCGGGAGACAUUCCGCAGCGCAGACAAGGAUGCCUCCGGACUCCUGAGCUUUACGGAGAUGUCCGCCAUUCUCCGAGAAGGCAAUCCAUCAUUGACAGACAAGGAGCUUGCAGUGCUCUUCCGAGAGAUAGACGUGAAUGGCGACCUAACCGUGGACUUCAAAGAGUUCACCAGAUAUUUGAAUUCUCAGAGCGCCUCCAAGCUCAAGAAGACCAAGUCUCGCGAGCAGGUAGCCGCCGAACGCUGUAAGGAGGAGUUUCGCAAAGUAGACGAAAACAGCGACGGCAAGUUGAGCCGAUCAGAGCUGACGGCACUGCUCCAGAAGGGGAAUCCGGACAUCGACGAGAAGGAACUAGACUUCCUCUUUGACUCAGUGGACAAGGACGGCAAUGGCCAAUUAGACUUUGAUGAGUUUGCGGACUACAUCACCGGCGCAGUCUCUUUGCCUCUGAGCAGCCUGCUUCAGCAGGAGGAGCCGGGGCCGGAGCCGGAAUUACCCGCUUGGAGCGAGACCGUGCCAGUGCCCGAGGCAUACCUGCAGCAGACCAUCAUUCCUGCAGAGCUUCGUGGCGUCUCGCGCGCUCAGCUCGACGACUUGAUGGCUUUGGUUGUUGAAGUUUUCGAGAAGUGCACCAUCUCGAACGGGGCCGAGACCGUCACACUCCCGACUUUCAAUAUGUACUGCCUUGCUGCAAAGUUCUUGAAGCCCAUGACCGCGAGAUUUCGAUGCUCCUUCGGGGAGCUUGUGAAUCGGAAUCCGAACGAGCCCGAAUGGUUCAUCUCCCAUUUUUGGGGCACUCCUUUGAUACAGACUCAGGAGAUGCUGAAGCAACAUGCGGCCCAGAGGAAAAUCAAGAAGCAGAGCCCCCUUUGGAUCGAUGCCUUCGCCAAACCGCUCCACGACAGCCAAGUGUUCCCAGCCCCGAGGGAUCUGGAGCAGGCGCCAUUUUGCAAGGUGCUCCUGAACCCUCGCUGCGUGGGCACCUUGUUGCUCCUUGACAGUGCCGGGAUGGCCUUAGAGCGAACGUGGUGCCUGCUGGAGAUCACCCUGACCCUGGACCUUCCGAAGGACAAGGGUGCCUCUCAUGCCUUCGACGUAGCAGCAUGGUGCGCGGAGGAGCAGAAAGUCGCUGUUUUGGAGGACCGAGGCUCCUUCUUUGAAGACAGUCGGAGCACCACGGUUUUUCCCCUGGACCUUUACAUCAAGGGCUACAAGGUGGCCGUCAACAGAUCCGAGACAGGCCUGGAGGAGAACAAGAAGAGAAUACUUCACUUCCUGGCCAGCACACCCUCAGACCGGUGGGACAAGGUGAAGCCCCCCGCCGAGUGCAAGGGAUACUCCGACGUGGAUCUCAAAAUCCAGCGGAGAUUCGUCCCAGGAGCCAUUGCUGCAGCAGUGAUGCUUAACGACGAGAAGACCUUGAGGAAGAUCUUAUCAGAGCACAGCGACUUCAAAGAGAGUACGACCAGCAAAGGCUUCCGCCCUCUGCAUGUGGCCGCCCAGACAGAAUCUAUGGCGGCCCUGAAAGUUCUCGUGGCCGCCCGAUGCGAGCUGGAUGCCCCGAGCAAAAGUGGCGCGCCACUGCAUGUGGCCGCCAGGGAGGGGAACGAAGUUGCCGUGCAAUUCCUGCUCAAGGUCAAAGCAGACGUCAACGCCGUGGUCGAACAGCAGACUCCCCUGCUUGUCAGCAUCGAAGGCUCACAGAUCACAGUCACGGGCACCCUGCUCGACGGGAAAGCAGAUCCCAACUUCGCGCCUCCUGGACAGUUCACGCCUCUUCAGCUCGCUGCACGCACCGACCAGGCGGCCAUGUGCGGCUUCUCGGCCGCCUUUUGCCUGAGCGCCAAAGGCAACCCCCAUGAUGUAUUUACUGGUAGAGCCUGCGCACUGGAGACCUCUUACAGUAGAAGCCCAAAAGUUGGAAACCCAAUAGCCUCAAUCCUUAAGAGUCAUAUAUAG